GACAGCCAACUGAGUUGGAACACCACAUCACCCAAACUGACCGCAUGUAUAGCCGAGACUGCCUUCACAUGGAUUCCCGGGAUAUUCCUCGCGAUAUGUCUUCCCGUUAUCAUCACAGAUGUGUUCCGUUCGCGACGGCCGUCCAUACCGUGGAACGCCUACAAUGGCUCGCGACUUAUCAUAGCCCUGACACUCAGUGUUUUCCACUUCGACGACAAGCCGUCGAUGGCAUACCUCAUAUCGACGGCCGUCUACUCCAUCAUAAGUGUGGUGUUAUGUCUGGUGCUGUAUUGCCAUCAGUUGUCUGGCAUACACUGCAGUGGAAUCGUGUGGUUCUACCUAUUGAUGGACGCGGUCUUCAAGACACUAUCGGUGGCCACGUAUUCGAUGAAUAGGGAUAUCCGACAGACACACGAAUACACACUCUUUUUGAUACAAUACUCGUUGACUAUAAUCCUGUUUCUGAUGAACUCCAGCGCCGACAGACUACCCGUCGGUCACUACAGCGACAAAUUGGGCGGAAAGUCGCGGGUUUGUCCCAAAGAGCGCGUGUCGUUCCCCCAGAAGUUGAUCUUCGAGUGGGUCACCCGUUUGAUAGUCAAGGGCUGGAAGAGCCCGUUGACCACCGAUGACUUGUGGGACGUGCGCCGGGAGGACAGGUGUAAGCGUGUGUUCGGCGAGUUUAACGCCAUAUGGAAGGGCACUAAAUAUACGGCCGACGCCGAGGACGAGAAAGUGGUGACUGAGUUGAGCGGAAAGGGAGGAGAUAUUAAGUACCAGUCCAUUAAGGAUUUGUCUGAAAGCUCGUCUCAAUCGCAACAGAAGUCGACACCAAAUGCGCCCCAAAAUAAUAGACUACUAAAAGUGAUUGGGAAAGGGUUUUGGUUUUACUUUUUGAUACCAAGUAUAUUGAAACUGGUGGCCGAUGUCGUACAACUGGCCAACCCUAUGAUCAUGAAAUUAUUGAUUGGUUUCACAACGGAUGCUGACGAGCCCUCAUGGCACGGGUAUAUGUACGCCAUACUACUUAUAUUCACAAAUAUUUUCCAGAGUCUUAUCAAUGGAUACCAGGCACAGCGUAUGUCUGUGUUGGGUAUGAGGAUCAGGACGUGUUUAGUAUCCGCCGUCUAUAGGAAGUCAUUGGUUCUGAGCAAUCACUCCAAGAAAGACACGACUUCUGGAGAGAUAGUCAAUCUCAUGGCUGUUGACUCCCAGAGAUUUGUCGAUAUGUUGCCGUAUUUAAGUUUCUUAUGGACAGCACCCGUACAGAUAGCCAUCUCCUUAUAUCUGCUUUACAAUGAGAUGGGUUUGGCCACACUGGGAGGACUGGUAGUCAUGUUACUUCUCAUUCCCGUCAACGGUUGGGUUUCGACUAAGAUUAGGACAAUUCAAUCGAAACAAAUGAAACUCAAAGACCAAAGGGUCCGCAAUUUGAAUGAAAUUCUCAGCGGAAUUAAAGUCUUAAAACUGUACGGAUGGGAGGAGGCGUUUGUGAAGAAUGUUUUGGACAUUCGUAAGCGUGAGCUGAGACUCAUCUGGAAGAGUGGGCUCAUCAGUGGUGUGACUGUCGUGUUGGCCGGGACUACACCACUGCUCGUGGCUUUGGUUACGUUCGGACUAUACAUAGGAUUGGAUUCAGACAACAAACUCGACGCCCAAAAGGCUUUCGUGUCGAUAGCCCUGUUCAAUCUGUUGAGAAUACCACUCACUAUCGUGCCCAACAUGGUUACCAGUUUGAUCAUGACAUUAGUUUCCGUAAAACGAUUGAAUAAAUUCCUGAACUUCUCUGAACUCUCG